UGCAUGAUACACAGAAUACACAAACGUCCGAAUCUCUGUAACAAUACAACAUUUAAACGCAGUUGGAAUGCAAGUGUCUUAAAAUUUUGAUAAUAGGCAACAUUAGGCAUUUACCCGACGGCGAAAUGAGGAACAUAGAGGGGUAACGUUUGCAAGCAGAGGUUUACUUGCAAGUCUUUGAUUGGUUUCCAUAGCGACAGUUUCUAUCACAGCUACAAAGGCCCUUUAAUUAAUAUUAUCCAAGGUCUUUUCCAGAUAGUUAUCUAUUUACAUCGAACAGCAAAGAGGCACUGUAGUGUUUGCGUCAAACGGAAAGGAGACAAGGAAUGCCGCUGCCACGAGUCACUGUAAUAUUAUGACAUCAACAUAAAACACUGGAAGAGUGAGUCAUCGCUGUCUUUGGUGUCCGUCCAUCUUUCUGGCCCGCUAGAACAGCAAGCGUGACAACAUGUCAGGGGACCUGGUGGGUGUUUGGGAGGUGGCGCUGAGCGACGGGGUUCACAGGAUCGAAUUUGAGCACGGCACCACCACGGGAAAACGAGUUAUUUACAUCGAUGGAAAGGAAGUGAUAAGGAGGGACUGGAUGUUUAAACUUGUUGGCAAAGAGACAUUUACGGUUGGGAGUAUGGACACAAAAGCGACCAUAAACAUUGACGCGGUCAGUGGCUUCGCUUAUGAGUACACCCUGGAGAUCAACGGCAAGAGUCUGAAGAAGUACAUGGAGAACAGGUCCAAGGUCACCAACACGUGGGUGCUGAACCUUGAUGGAGUUGACUGCAGGAUCGUGCUGGAGAAAGAUACGAUGGAUAUAUGGUGCAACGGGCAAAAAAUGGAGACUGCGGGUGAGUUUGUGGAUGACGGCACGGAGACACACUUCACAGUGGCCGACCAUGACUGCUGCAUCAAGGCCGUCAGCAGCGGGAAGAGGCGGGACGGGCUCAUCCACUCCCUGCUUGUGGAUGGCGUUGAGGUGACUGAGGCCACCGAGUGACAGGAGUGGGAGGGGGUGGCAGGAGGUGGGUGCUCUCGGCACGUCCCAGGAGGGGGCUGAAGUUUACAAGUCACAGAUCAAACACGGACGUCUAGGUGUCCCACUGAAGUGGUCGUGAGGAGGACCAGACAGACACACAGCCGCCUUUCAUGUCACCUGUUAGAUCAGUGGAGAGACAGUAGGCAGCUGUGUUUCUGACUGAAUUUACAUCAGUAUGUAACUUAAAGCACGUAAAACAGCAUCAAGAGGGAUGAGCAGUCAUCUUGCUGUUGGUAGAACCCACUCCGCUGUCACUCAGUAAAUGAACAUGGAAGCGUGAACGCAUUUGGUGCUUGCAAGUUUGGCUUUGCGACCCACUGUCAGGAUCAGAGCAUUUGCACGUUUUGCAAUAAUAACCAGCAUUCCCAAGGAAGUGCACUUUCUGCUGUUAUGUGGUUUGCUUUAUGAAUGGCUUAUCUUAGCAAUUUACUACUUGAGUGUUUAUUACUCUUACAAUCAGAUUCAUAUAAGAGAAACUGGCAGUAUUGGGCGUUGGUUGAAACCCACAACCCUCCGAGUCAGUUGCUUCAUCCGCUACUUCGCACUCAUGCUUUCUGUGUUAAGUAUGCUUGUAUAUUGACACUAUGUGUACUGCACAAUCUAUGAAGUGUCAUGUCUAAUGAAAAUGUGUCAGCUUAGUUGAAAUAUGUCACUUCAGGGCACUCUGCUCCAUGUAACUUGUUGAUUUACAGGAUAGCUUGUGUCCUUUCUCAGGUUUCAGAGACUAGAUUUCUGUAUUACAGGGAUAUUGUACGCAACACCAUCAAACAUGUGGGUAUUAAAUUUUUAAUAUAUGUGAUGUUAUUUUUCUGUUGUACUGGAUUAUGAUGUGAUAAUUAGAAAAUAAUUCUAAUUUGACUAGAUUAUGUAUGGCUCUGUUUGUAUGAAUCUGUUGAAAUUGGAAUUUCACUUUUCCAGUGUCACAGGGUGAAACUUUCCAGCUGUCAAAUAAAACAUUUGUUCA